CCUGCCCUUCAACAGCUAACAUCAUCCCGAAUCGAUAUCAAACAUGCUCUGCCAGUAUUUACUGAUUGGCUGUUGGUUCCUCUCAGGUGCACAUGGCACACUUCCAAAUACGCGUCGUUUGAGAACAAUCGAAGCAGGGGGCGGUGAUGUGUUACUGCCUGUUCCCAAAAAGCGAAAAACUUCGAUUGCAAGACCGGUGCAGUCGUCCGACACAGAUCUCAGCGGGGUCUAUGGAGAUCAUGAGCCUAUGGCCGUUGAUAGCAGGAAAGCUCCUGUCCAACACGGAAUCCUGCGGCAAAGAUCUCGCCAAAAUCUAUUAUUGUGGAGCACUCCCGAUUAUCAAAUUCAUGUCUUGAAAAGGUCCGGCGGACUUCCAGAAAGGUUGAGCCACAUCCUAGAUAGAAUGGGAUCCAAAGAAUCAUCGUCCAUUCUGGAAGCCGCCGAAACAUUCAUCAAUUCUGAGAAGAAAAUUGAGAUGAUGGUCCAAUUGAAGCUUUUCGAGCUAGGAGAAUCUGCGCUCACCAUGGAAGAGGUCCAGCAACUACGAUCUGCAGAGGGAAUGCCAGCGACAGGGGGAAUCAUUUUUGGAGGAGAUGAAGGCAAUGAAGGACAAGCUUAUCAUUGCAGAAUCUGA